AUGUCCGAAGCAACACCUCGCGUCCUCGCCUCGCACCUCGAGCAAUUCUCGCACCGCAACGUCCGCAUCCUAGGCAAAGUCCGCCAGCUUCGUGGCGAAACAGGCACACUUGAUGCAGGAGGACAAAUCACUUGCCAUCUCAACAGAGAAUCACACUGGCAGCUCAACCACGCCUUUGAGAUCAUCGGCAAGGUCCAGCAAGACCUUAGUGUGAAAGUAUUGGCAAGCACGGACAUGGGACCUGAAGGCAGCAUCGACUUCAGUGCCGUGGAAGCUGUUGUGGACGCCACGCACCGAUAUCACGAGAUCUUCUACGAGAAGGAGCAGUAA